AUGUCCGCCACGCCGACCUCCGAGGCCGACUCCAAAGCCGACACCAUGGUGGACGAGAUGACGGAUGCCACCGACGGCCUGCUGGACGACCCCGAGGUCGCCGGAAAACCCGGUGAUUUGUUGCUGGAACAUCAGCCUGCCAAGGGAUGGCAUCCCGCCUACUUCGUUGGGUAUGAAUCCCCUCUCGAUGCCCUUGGCCCCGCCUUUGGAUCCGACAUCUUGCUGACAAGGCGCACCUGCGCUCUCGACAGUGCCUGGAUCUUCUUCUCCAACACCACCAUACUGUUCAACAAGUGGAUAAUAGACACCGCUGGCUUUCCUGUUAUACUCACUGCCUGGCACCUCGUCUUCUCCACCAUCGCAACCCAACUUCUCGCCCGCUACACGACCCUGCUCGAUUCGCGCCAUGCUAUACCCAUCACGGCCCGCCUCUACAUCCGCACCAUCUUCCCCAUCGGCUUCCUCUACUCCGGCUCUCUCGUCUGCUCCAACCUCGUCUAUCUAUAUCUGUCCAUCCCAUUCAUUCAGAUGCUCAAGUCCGGCGCCCCCGUCGCCGUCCUCUUCACCUCCUGGGCCUUCCGCGUGGCCGAGCCCUCGAUGCCGGCCUUCAUCAACGUGCUUGUCAUCGUUGCCGGCGUCGCCCUCGCCUCCAUCGGCGAGAUACAUUUCUCCUUCAUCGGAUUCCUCUACCAGCUCGGCGGCAUCGCCUUCGAGGCCGUUCGCCUCGUCAUGAUCCAGAUCAUGCUGAGCGCCGAGGGCCUGCGCAUGGAUCCCCUCGUCAGCCUCUACUACUUCGCCCCUGUUUGUGCCGUCAUGAACAUCCUCGUCGCCGUGCCCAGCGAGAUGCCGCGCUUCCGCUGGGCCGAUCUAGCCGCCGUCGGCUUCCCCGUUCUCUUCCUCAACGCCCUCGUCGCCUUUCUGCUCAACGUUUCGAGCGUCUUCCUGAUUGGUCGGACCUCGGGCCUCGUCAUGACGCUGACCGGCAUCUUCAAAAACAUCCUCCUCAUCAUCGUUUCCCUCCUCCUCUGGCGCACUGAAAUCACCCUCCUGCAAUCGAUCGGCUACGGCAUCGCCCUUGCCGGCCUCACCUACUACUCCCUUGGUUACGACCAGAUCGCCAUCGCCGGCACCGCCGUUGUUGAGCAGACCGCCAAUGCCAUGGCCUCCUUCACGGGCCGUUCCCCGUCCAACGCUGAAGCGCGGAAACUACUAAUCAUCGUCUGCGCCGCCAUCAGCAGCCUCGUCCUCGUCAUGGCUCUAUGGUAA